AUGGCCCAACGCGCCUCGCUCGGAGCUGCCGCUGGCCUGGCAGCUGUCGCGUGCUUGAAGCACGGCCAGUCCUUCGUGUCCUCGCAGAUUGCGCCUCGCGCCGCCGUCGAGGAGACGCUGCAGGCUGCCCCUGCGGAGGCGGCACCCGCCCUCCGCGGCGCCGCGCACGCCCAGCAGCCCAGCAACACGGGGGGAGCGGCGGCCCUGGCAGCGCCAGCGGCCGCCGCCGCCCUCGCCGCGGCGGUCGGGUCCAAGCGACGCGGUCGCGCCAGCAAGUUGGCGGCUGGCCAGGCCUCGUGCGUUGUUCCGAUCCAGUCGCGCGCCAGCGUUGCCCGGCGUGCCCUGGACCAGUCGAGCCGCUACGCGGACCUCUCGCUGACGGAGGAGGACCUCAUCAAAAACGGUCAGCACGUGCUGGUGGCCUACAUCAUGAAGCCCAAGGCGGGUUACGACUACCUGGCCACGGCUGCGCACUUCGCGGCGGAGUCCUCCACUGGCACGAACGUGAACGUGUGCACCACUGACGACUUCACCAAGACUGUGGAUGCUCUCGUCUACUACAUCGAUCCUGAGAACGAGGAGAUGAAGAUCGCCUACCCGACGGCCUUGUUCGACCGCAACAUCACGGAUGGCCGCGCAAUGAUGUGUUCCGUGCUGACUCUCAGCAUCGGGAACAAUCAGGGCAUGGGUGACGUGGACUACGGCAAGAUCUACGAUAUCUACUUCCCGCCACAGUACCUGCGCCUGUUCGACGGGCCGUCGUGCUGCGUGAUCGACAUGUGGCGCAUCCUGGGCCGCGGCACGGUCGGCGGUGGCCUGGUGGUCGGCACCAUCAUUAAGCCCAAGCUCGGCUUGCAGCCGAAGCCCUUCGGCCAGGCGUGCUAUGGCUUCUGGCAGGGCGGCGACUUCAUCAAGAACGACGAGCCGCAGGGCAACCAGACGUUCUGCCAGAUGAACGAGUGCAUCCCCGAGGUCGUGAAGGCCAUGCGCGCGGCGCAGGAGGAAACGGGCCAGGGCAAGCUCUUCUCCGCCAACAUCACGGCGGACGACCCGAACGAGAUGAUCGCGCGUGCCAAGUACAUCCUGAAUCAGAUGGGCCCGAUGGCGGAGAAUUGCGCUUUCUUGGUCGACGGAUACGUGGCUGGCGGCACUGCGGUGACAGUUGCGCGCCGCAACUUCCCGAAGCAGUUUCUGCACUACCACCGCGCCGGCCACGGCGCAGUGACCAGCCCUCAGACGCAGCGUGGGUAUACCGCCUUCGUGCACACCAAGCUGUCGCGCGUCAUCGGUGCCAGCGGCAUCCACACGGGCACGAUGAGCUUUGGCAAGAUGGAGGGCGAUGCUUCGGACAAGAACAUCGGCUUCAUGCUGCAGGACGACGUCGCCGACGGCCCGUACUACCGCCAGGAGUGGGAGGGCAUGAAGCAGACCACCCCGAUCAUCUCGGGUGGCAUGAACGCCCUGCGGCUGCCUGCAUUCUUCGAGAACCUGGGGCACUCGAACGUUAUCCUGACGGCCGGCGGCGGGGCUUUCGGGCACAAGGACGGGCCCAAGCAGGGCGCAAUCUCGUGCGCCCAGGGCGAGGAGUCGUGGAAGUUGUGGAAGGCGGGCACUUACGGCGACGUGAGCCUGUCGGACGGCGUCGUCGAGUACGCGAAGACGCACGAAGAGCUCAAGGGCGCUUUCCUGACCUUCCAGAAGGACGCGGACCAGAUCUACCCGGGUUGGAAGGAGAAGCUCGGCUACACGGGCGAGUCUUCCGUCCAGGCGGCCAGCUUCAAUUGGCAGAAGAAGGAUUUGGCCGCGGCGUUCGUUGGCGCCAGCACGACUCGCAAGUCGAGCUCCGUGGCCCGGCGUGCCCUGGACCAGUCGAGCCGCUACGCGGACCUCUCGCUGACGGAGGAGGACCUCAUCAAAAACGGUCAGCACGUGCUGGUGGCCUACAUCAUGAAGCCCAAGGCGGGUUACGACUACCUGGCCACGGCUGCGCACUUCGCGGCGGAGUCCUCCACUGGCACGAACGUGAACGUGUGCACCACUGACGACUUCACCAAGACUGUGGAUGCUCUCGUCUACUACAUCGAUCCUGAGAACGAGGAGAUGAAGAUCGCCUACCCGACGGCCUUGUUCGACCGCAACAUCACGGAUGGCCGCGCAAUGAUGUGUUCCGUGCUGACUCUCAGCAUCGGGAACAACCAGGGUAUGGGUGACGUGGACUACGGCAAGAUCUACGAUAUCUACUUCCCGCCGCAGUACCUGCGCCUGUUCGACGGGCCGUCGUGCUGCGUGAUCGACAUGUGGCGCAUCCUGGGCCGCGGCACGGUCGGCGGUGGCCUGGUGGUCGGCACCAUCAUUAAGCCCAAGCUCGGCUUGCAGCCGAAGCCCUUCGGCCAGGCGUGCUAUGGCUUCUGGCAGGGCGGCGACUUCAUCAAGAACGACGAGCCGCAGGGCAACCAGACGUUCUGCCAGAUGAACGAGUGCAUCCCCGAAGUCGUGAAGGCCAUGCGCGCGGCCCAGGAGGAAACGGGCCAGGGCAAGCUGUUCUCCGCCAACAUCACGGCGGACGACCCGAACGAGAUGAUCGCGCGUGCCAAGUACAUCCUGAAUCAGAUGGGCCCGAUGGCGGAGAAUUGCGCCUUCUUGGUCGACGGAUACGUGGCUGGCGGCACUGCGGUGACCGUUGCGCGCCGCAACUUCCCGAAGCAGUUUCUGCACUACCACCGCGCCGGCCACGGCGCAGUGACCAGCCCUCAGACGCAGCGUGGGUACACCGCCUUCGUGCACACCAAGCUGUCGCGCGUCAUCGGUGCCAGCGGCAUCCACACGGGCACGAUGAGCUUUGGCAAGAUGGAGGGCGAUGCUUCGGACAAGAACAUCGGCUUCAUGCUGCAGGACGACGUCGCCGACGGCCCGUACUACCGCCAGGAGUGGGAGGGCAUGAAGCAGACCACCCCGAUCAUCUCGGGUGGCAUGAACGCCCUGCGGCUGCCUGCAUUCUUCGAGAACCUGGGGCACUCGAACGUUAUCCUGACGGCCGGCGGCGGGGCUUUCGGGCACAAGGACGGGCCCAAGCAGGGCGCAAUCUCGUGCGCCCAGGGCGAGGAGUCGUGGAAGUUGUGGAAGGCGGGCACUUACGGCGACGUGAGCCUGUCGGACGGCGUCGUCGAGUACGCGAAGACGCACGAAGAGCUCAAGGGCGCUUUCCUGACCUUCCAGAAGGACGCGGACCAGAUCUACCCGGGCUGGAAGGAGAAGCUCGGCUACACGGGCGAGUCUUCCGUCCAGGCGGCCAGCUUCAAUUGGCAGAAGAAGGAUUUGGCCGCGGCGUUCGUUGGCGUCAGCACGACUCGCAAGUCGAGCUCCGUGGCCCGGCGUGCCCUGGACCAGUCGAGCCGCUACGCGGACCUCUCGCUGACGGAGGAGGACCUCAUCAAAAACGGUCAGCACGUGCUGGUGGCCUACAUCAUGAAGCCCAAGGCGGGUUACGACUACCUGGCCACGGCUGCGCACUUCGCGGCGGAGUCCUCCACUGGCACGAACGUGAACGUGUGCACCACUGACGACUUCACCAAGACUGUGGAUGCUCUCGUCUACUACAUCGAUCCUGAGAACGAGGAGAUGAAGAUCGCCUACCCGACGGCCUUGUUCGACCGCAACAUCACGGAUGGCCGCGCAAUGAUGUGUUCCGUGCUGACUCUCAGCAUCGGGAACAACCAGGGUAUGGGUGACGUGGACUACGGCAAGAUCUACGACAUCUACUUUCCGCCGCAGUACCUACGCCUGUUCGACGGGCCGUCGUGCUGCGUGAUCGACAUGUGGCGCAUCCUGGGCCGCGGCACGGUCGGCGGUGGCCUGGUGGUCGGCACCAUCAUUAAGCCCAAGCUCGGCUUGCAGCCGAAGCCCUUCGGCCAGGCGUGCUAUGGCUUCUGGCAGGGCGGCGACUUCAUCAAGAACGACGAGCCGCAGGGCAACCAGACGUUCUGCCAGAUGAACGAGUGCAUCCCCGAGGUCGUGAAGGCCAUGCGCGCGGCGCAGGAGGAAACGGGCCAGGGCAAGCUCUUCUCCGCCAACAUCACGGCGGACGACCCGAACGAGAUGAUCGCGCGUGCCAAGUACAUCCUGAAUCAGAUGGGCCCGAUGGCGGAGAAUUGCGCUUUCUUGGUCGACGGAUAUGUGGCUGGCGGCACUGCUGUGACGGUUGCGCGCCGCAACUUCCCGAAGCAGUUUCUGCACUACCACCGCGCCGGCCACGGCGCAGUGACCAGCCCUCAGACGCAGCGUGGGUACACCGCCUUCGUGCACACCAAGCUGUCGCGCGUCAUCGGUGCCAGCGGCAUCCACACGGGCACGAUGAGCUUUGGCAAGAUGGAGGGCGAUGCUUCGGACAAGAACAUCGGCUUCAUGCUGCAGGACGACGUCGCCGACGGCCCGUACUACCGCCAGGAGUGGGAGGGCAUGAAGCAGACCACCCCGAUCAUCUCGGGUGGCAUGAACGCCCUGCGGCUGCCUGCAUUCUUCGAGAACCUGGGGCACUCGAACGUUAUCCUGACGGCCGGCGGCGGGGCUUUCGGGCACAAGGACGGGCCCAAGCAGGGCGCAAUCUCGUGCGCCCAGGGCGAGGAGUCGUGGAAGUUGUGGAAGGCGGGCACUUACGGCGACGUGAGCCUGUCGGACGGCGUCGUCGAGUACGCGAAGACGCACGAAGAGCUCAAGGGUGCUUUCCUGACCUUCCAGAAGGACGCGGACCAGAUCUACCCGGGCUGGAAGGAGAAGCUCGGCUACACGGGCGAGUCUUCCGUCCAGGCGGCCAGCUUCAAUUGGCAGAAGAAGGAUGCGGAGGAAGAGAAGGGCGAGAGCGAGGGCUCCGAGAACGCCGCGAUGCUCGACGCCUGCGCCGGGGGCCGCCAGAUCUCGGAGAGCUGCUCGGGCCAGCUGCGGUCCCUGCUGACGUGCGGCGCCUGCGGCGCGCAGUCGUCCACGUUCGAGACCUUCCGCUACCUCAGCGUGCCCAUCCCGUCGGACCACGUGGACCGGGCCGUGCUGCGGGUGGUCUUCUUCCCCCUGCCCUUCUCCCGCCCCGCGGGCGACGAGCGCCCGCAGCUGACGCGCUACGCGGUCACCGUGCCCAAGAGCGGCACAGUGGGCCGCGUGGAGCGGGCGCUGGCGGGCCGCCUGCCAGUGCCGAUGUCCCACGUGCUGCUGGCGGAGGUCUACCGCAGCCGCAUCCACCGGUACCUGGGCCGGGACCUGCCGCUCUCGGACAUCCGGGCCGAGGAGACCAGCUGUUCGCCUUUGAGGUGCUGCAGACGCCACAGGAGAGACUGGUCCAGUACCAGGAGCGCCACGCCCCUUCGAGGCCGGUGUCCGCGUCCUCCUCCAGGAGGAGUGCGUCGCGCCCGCCGACGCCAGACGAGGACGCGAGGAAAAAGCAGAUGCCACCGCGGGUGCUGCUCAUCCAG